UCACAGAUCGUCAGUUGUUCAGUGACUCCUUCUGUGGAUUAACAAGUUCAGAAUGAAAUUUUUCGUGGUUGUAGCAGCUUUCUUGGCAGUCGCCUACGCUAGGCCUGAAGCCCCCUUCAGUGGCUACGCCAAUGCUGCUCCCCCUUCAGGCAGCUAUGGAGCCCCUCCGCCACAAUACGGAGCACCCCCUCAAGAACCAACUGUCCACAAGCACGUAUACGUCCAUGUACCACCACCAGAGCCUGAAUAUCAAGCACCACCUAAAGUAAUCCCAGUUGCUCCUGCUCAAAAACAUUACAAGAUAAUCUUCAUCAAGGCACCAACUCCACCAACCCCAACUGCCCCUAUCAUCCCAGCACAGCCUCAGAAUGAAGAGAAGACCCUCGUCUACGUCUUGGUCAAGAAACCAGAAGAAGCACCUGAAAUCGUCAUCCCAACACCAGCUCCAACUCAGCCAAGCAAGCCUGAAGUAUACUUCAUCAAAUACAAGACUCAGAAGGAAGAAUCCGGAGGAUACCCAGCCAGUGGUGUACCAGACAAUGCUGGACCACCAUCUUCAUCAUACGGUGCUCCAUCCGCUGGUGGUUAUCAGUAAAGGAAUCGUCUUUCAGAUAGCGACGUUGCCAGUUCUAGUUAUUUCAUUUCUUACACUAAAGCAUGAUUGAGGUUAGAUGAAUGUGACCAAAGAAGCCACGCAAUAGUUCUUAAGUAGAAAAGCAGUAUUCUUUGACGAUGUGAAGUCUUCGGUUACUUUCAUCCGUUUAUUUUUGUAUUAAAACUCUGAAAAAAAUCAUACGGUGAAAAUGUAUGAGAGUCAACGAAAUCUUCGGUUAGUGAUAAUAAUUCCUUUGAAUUAUUGUCUAUUAGUCGUAGUUUUUCGUUUUUUCGCCUGAUGUUUUUACAUUGGGUUGUCCAGUCAGCUUGUGAUUUCUGCUAAAACCAGUCUUAAGUUAAGUCAUUUGUAAAUAAUAGGUAACUUAUGAAGAAGCUUUAUACAAGUAUUACUUAGGCUAUGUAAUAUCUUUAUACUUUUGUGUACUUUUAUACUUUAAUAAAAUAUCAUAUCGAA